AUGGAUGGCGGCGUUAACGACGCCACCUUUUCGGAGCUGAUGUCGAACCUGACGUCGACUUCCAGCUCAUUCGAUCGUCAGGACAUGGUGGAGAAGUUUGUCGCGGCCAACCAUCCCGGCUUUAGCGGCCAGCAGACGGCUCAGCUGAUGACGGCGUUCCCCAACUCGCUCGUGGCCAUUGACGUGCUCACCGCCAUUUCGUCGAACGUGCUCGACUUGACGUGCGACGAUGCUGUUGACGUGCUCCAUGUCUUCUCGUCGGAGCUGAACUCGCUCGACGUACUCAAGGUGCUCUCGCCGAUGAUUGUGGACAAGAAGGCGAACAACGCGACGAUUCUGGCGACGUUCAGCAACACGUUCAACAAGCGCGACGCGCUUGAGAUUCUGGCGGCCACGCCGGACCGCAACUGCAUCUUUGGCGAUGUGACCAACAUCCCGCGCAUUGUCUUUGUGGUCGACACCUCGGGCUCGAUGUCGACGACGUUUUCGUACGACCACGGCUCGCGCUCGACCUCGCGCAUGGCCGCCGUUCGCACCGCGCUCACCGAGAUCAUCACCGACGUCCUCACCGACGAGCAGCAGUUUAACGUUGUCGAGUUUGCAUCGUCGGCCACGGCCUGGCAGCAGGGCGUUGUCGACGUCAACACGGCCAACAUUGCGUCGGCUGUCUCGUUUGUGACCAACAUGUCGCCCGGCGGUUCGACCGCCAUGCUCAAGGGCCUGCAGCUCGCGUUCGAUGACCCCAACUGCAUCGGCGUCUACCUGCUCACCGACGGUGAGCCCAACACCUCGAUCGACGGCAUCAUCUCGGCUGCCAAGGCGUGGGCCGGCUCGGACAAGUCGGUCAACACCAUCGCCUUUAUCGCCGGCGCCUCCGACCCGGUGGCGGCCCAGAACAUGCAGCGCCUCGCGGCCGCUGCCAACGGCAUCUACCGCGUCAUUACUGGCUAA